UUGGGAGUCACAGCGCGGGGCUUGCCUGCCUCCCUACCACCGCUCCCUUUCCCCAUCCGCGGAAACAUUUCUGCGCGUGUCGGCACACACGCGACACAACUUAUAGUCUCCUCGUUGUUGCCUCCACGCAGAUCGGCUUCGUGUGAAGCGUGGAUUGGAGUGAAGGAGAGAGGGAUACUUCCUUCUCGUUGUCGCCUGUUCUCCUUCAGUGCGCGCUUCUCUCCAUCCGUCCCUGGCCGGCUCCCUUGGCUCCGUAUGAGCGAAAACCUCUGGGUCUCCAGAAAGCAACGAGGGUCAGCGCAGGAGCGCGUGAGGAACAACACAACCCACAGGUGUGCUGCAGCCACAGCGAGCGGUGCCUCCAGGCGCUUCUGGAGACGAAGGCGCACGCAUACCUGGAAAUUACCAUGUGACUGUGCACCUGGGCGUGGAGAAAGUCCUCAUAUUCCGAGCGGAGACUCUUUUGUUAAGGAGUUGACCGCGCCACCUCCCGACAGCGGCGACAGUUUGUUCAAACCCUGGGUUUGUUAUCGCUUGUUUUUGUGGAAUAGUGCCUUUUUUUACGAGACAUAAUCACAGGACUCGAGACGAGAUGUAAACUUCCUCACGGACGUUUUCUUUUCUCUUUACCAAGAAAUACAAGUCGACAAAUUUAAUAAAGAGGGCUUAUCCACUUGGCUGUUAGGACUGUUCGCGCGUGAGGAACAACUGCGCUCUUUCACCUUCAAGAGCCCGAGCCCUUAAUGAAGCUGGGGGUCAGCGGCGCUGUGUGGCUAAUUGGCCAAGUUCGCCUGGGGCUACGGCUACCUGUGAUUGAAGUGUCCAGUGAGCACCCACUGUGCAGCCGCUGCUGCACCCUUCUCUGUUCCACUCCAGCAGCCAAGACGCUCGCCGCUCUCCUGUCGGCCUCCCUCUAAGAUGGCAAGCUGGGUCUCUCUUCUUCUCAUCCUCUUAUGCCAAUCAAUAUCACAAGCCCAGGAGGAGAGCAGCAACGCCCCCAUCCUGGAGUUCAUCUCUGAGACCUCCAUUAAUAAUGUGGUUCAGGACCCCCAGACGGGCCGCAUUUACCUGGGAGCAAACAACUCCAUCUACCAGCUCGGGCCUUCCCUCAAGCCUCAGGCCCGUGCCACGACGGGGCCUAAAAAAGACGCACGCAGCUGUACUCCUCCACAUACAUCCUGCCAGGACACCAAGCUAAUGCCCAACCUCAACAAGCUUCUGCUGAUCCAUCCAUCUAAUGGUUCUCUUAUAGUCUGUGGGAGUCGGUACAGAGGCAUCUGCUCCCUCCUCAACCUGUCCAACGUGGAACAGGAGAUUCAUUACAGUGACAAUAGAGGAGAGAGGACUUAUGUAGCUAGCAUAGAGGAUAAUGUGAAUGUGGUUGGAGUCAUGUCCUACUACACAAAGGAUGGACAAAAUUUCAGCGUGUUUGUUGUGGGGAAGGGCUACGGAAGCUUGGACAGUACAAAACUCAUUAGCACAAGAAUCCUUGAGAACUACAACGACUGGGUCGUGUUUGAGAACAUCAUUGAGGCUUCAACAGUACAGACAACGGCUUUUGUUCCAAAAUACUUACAUGAUUUCAGGCAUGCCUUCAAAGAGGAUGGUUUUGUGUAUUUUAUCUUUUCUCGGACCCUUGACGGUACGGAUAACAAAAACCUGACUUUUGUCUCCCGUCUCUGUGAAGACGACCAUCAUUACUACUCCCACACAGAGCUGCAGUUAAACUGUGGUCCAGAAAACCAAUACAACAAAGUUCAAGCAGCUUUUGUGGCCUCUCCAGGAAAAGAGCUGGCAAAGGCCAUGACUGAGUCAAUUGAUUACGGGAAGGUAAAUUCAUGGAGCAAGGUCCUUUUUAUGGUGGCAAGUGCGGAUGAAGAUGAAAGUAAGUCAGCUCUAUGCAUGUAUCCCAUGAACUCAAUCAACGAACGGCUGGUGGACAUCAUCAGCGCGUGUUACAGUGACAGUGGGAAGAUUUCUGGGUCUCCAGCUGUGGAUAUCCCCUACUCUUCCAAAACAGAAGAAUUCUGCACUGCAAACAUUGGGAAAGACAUGUUGAAAAGCUUCAAGUGUGGUGCAGAUUUUUUGCCAUCCCCUUUGGCAAGCAAGCCAAAAUUUGCCUUAAAUGCCAAGGCAGUGUGGACCACUUCAAGCCUACUGACCGCUGUGGCUGUUGCUGUGGAGAACGAUCACACCAUUGCUUUCUUGGGCAACAACAAGGGGGAGGUCUUCAAGGUACAUCUCACGGCAGUUGCAGAGGAAUAUGGCAAGGCUCCUGGCGACACUAUUGGGGAGAAGGUUAACAAGAACCUGUUCUUUGACCUCAGUCACAGCCACCUCUACAUCACCACAGAGAGAAGGAUCACCAAGGUGCCGGUGCAGACAUGCCUCCAAAAGACGGACUGCCAAUCUUGCAUGGCACUGAGGGAUCCUUACUGCGGCUGGUGUGUCCUGGAGGGCCGGUGUACCAGAAGGUCUGAGUGCCGCCGGGCAGAGGAGAAGAACGGCUGGCUUUGGAGCCCCGGGCAGCAGUGUCUCAAAAUUGUAUCCUUCCAUCCACAAAACCUUUCCUGCAGAAAAACUGGCAAGAUCCAGAUCAACAUCCCGUCUCUUCCUGCUAUCGGACCCUCUGACCGUCUUCAGUGCCACAUCGGAUCAUUUAAAAGUGAAGGCUCCAUGUUUGACUCCAGUCAAGUCUCCUGCGAUCUGCCACAGCCUUCACUUAUCCCGAAAACACCUAAGGACAAAGAUUUUGUGGCUGUUUCAGUUAUGGUUUCCGUCAACGAGACAGUGGAGCUGGCAAUGAGGGAAUUCAAGUUCUACAACUGUGCUGCCACUGUGAGGAAAUCAGAAAACACACCGUGCACAGCAUGUGUAACUAGUCCAUGGGGCUGCCAGUGGAACACGUAUGAUCACAUGUGCAGCGACCAAGACGACAACAGCGGGGGUCCUAUCAUUAAACACCGUAAGGGAUUAGAGUGUCCUCUGUUUGAGAAUCCAGAUCCAAGUCUGAUCCCAGUGGGCAUCAAGACUAAGAUCAGUUUUGAAGGGAUCAAUUUAAGCAACUACAAGGGUCGAGUUUUCACCAUCGGCACGGAGCUGAUGAAAAAUGUAGAGGAAGAAGUUAUCAGUGAAAGCGAGUCGUUCUACAAUUUUAGCGGCUUCAAUUUUUCCUACGAUAAGUCACCAGAGACCAACAUCCUUUUCUAUGUGAAGGACAAGGACACCGGAAAGAAGAUAGACAGCACUCUAAAUGUCACCCUCUACAACUGCUCCAUGGGAAGAGAGGACUGUAGCCUCUGCAAGCAUGCUGACCAAAAGUAUAGUUGUGUAUGGUGCAAGAAGCAGAAAGCAUGUGUGUAUAAAAAGCUCUGCAGUUCCCAGGAGGAGGAAUCCCACAGUGGCGGGUGCCCCGACCCCGAGAUCACUAACAUCAUCCCUCUUUAUGGGCCCUUGAAAGGAGGCAUUUCUAUUACCAUCCAGGGCACAAACCUUGGUAUUAAUAAGGAGGACAUCAAAAGCAUCACAGUUGUUGGGAAACCCUGUAUCCACCAGGAGGAAAAAUAUUCAGUCUCCAGAAGUGUGGUGUGUGAGAUUGGACCUGUAGACAAAAGUAUUUCGGGUCCAGUGGAAGUGGAGGUGGUGGGGAGAAAGAGAGGAAUGUCCGUCAUGUCCUUCACCUACAGGAAUCCGAUUCCAGAAAGUGUGCAACCUUCUAAAGGGCCUAAAGCGGGGGGCACACUCAUUACAAUAAAUGGGAUGUAUCUGGACAUUGGCAGUAAGGAAGAUGUCCAAGUUAAAAUUGGAGGCGUGGACUGUGCUGUGGAGCAAUUUGGAAAAAACAUCACCUGCAGGACAGGUGAAUAUCGACUGGACAAGCUGCCUUCUGACCAUCUCACUGUCACUAUUCAGUAUGGAAAGAGCACCUUUAUAGACGUCCCAAGUACCUUCCAGUACUUUGAAAACCCAAUUGUUCUGGACCAUCACCCUAAAGCAAGCUUUGUCUGUGGUGGGAGGAACAUCACGGUCACUGGCUCCGGUUUUGACCUAAUCCAGAGUGCUGUGAUGGAGGUCCAAGGAGGCAACUUAUCAGCUGUUGAGGUCGCCCACGAGAAGAACGACACAGUCAUCCAGUUUCGGUCUCCAGAAAUAAACGGCUCCCUGAACCAACCCUUUAAAACCUACAUCAAGCUGGACAAUUGGAUAAAGGAGCUGAAGCCCUUCGACUACCAUCCCAACCCCACCUUCAACAAACUGCCGAAGAACAUCAUUAAUGAAGCCAGCAUCAUAAUCGUCACUGGUCGAGGAUUUUCCCGAGCUAUGACCGCCAGAGAAGCCCAAGCAUUUGUGGGUGAUGUCCAGUGUCAAGUCAACACCCUUCAAGACGACAAGCUUUUCCUGGACCCACCCUCCACCACGCCACGCGCCCGUUCCAGACGGCAGCGCCGGGACACCAGCCCUGAGAUGCUGGACUUGCUGAUCAAGUUUGGAAAAGGAGAGUGGGUGAUCGGCUUGGUGGAGUUUGAAAAGAAGAACGAUUUGUCGCUCUACAUAAUCAUCCCUGCGGUUAUUGUGCCCAUGCUGCUCAUCAUCAUCAUUUCUGUCUACUGCUACAGGAGAAAGAGUCAACAGGCAGAGAGAGAGUAUGAGAAAGUUAAGCACCAGCUGGAGAACCUGGAGGAGAGCGUGAGAGACCGCUGCAAGAAGGAAUUCACAGACCUGAUGAUUGAAAUGGAAGACCACACGAACGAUGUGAGCGAGGCACGAAUCCCCUUCCUGGACUACAAGACUUACACAGACAGAGUCUUCUUCCUGCCUUCCAAAGACGGAGCCAAUGAUGUCAUGAUCACAGGGAAGCUGGAUAUUCCAGAGGCUCGGAGAGCGACGAGGACACAGGCACUCAACCAGUUCUCAAACCUGUUGAACUCCAAGACGUUUCUGAUUAAUUUUAUCCGCACGUUAGAGCGCAGUCAUGAUUUCAACGCCAGGGCUAAAGUGUACUUUGCCUCCCUGCUUACUGUGGCCCUGCAUGGGAAGCUGGAAUACUACACUGAUAUUAUGAGGACUUUGCUGCUGGAGCUGAUGGAGGAGUAUGUUCACAGUAAGAACCCCAAGCUGAUGCUGCGCAGGUCGGAGACAGUGGUUGAACGGAUGCUUUGUAACUGGAUGUCCAUCUGCCUUUACCAGUUUUUGAAGGACACUGCAGGUGAGCCUUUAUACAAACUGUUCCGAGCCAUCAAGCACCAGAUUGAAAAGGGCCCUGUGGACGCCAGAGUUAAGAAAGCCAAGUACACCCUCAACGACACGGGCCUGUUGGGCGAUGAUGUAGAGUACUCUGUCCUGACCUUGCAGGUACUGGUUCAUGGUGAGGGUCCAGAUGUGACACCCGUCAAGGUGCUGAGCUGUGACACCAUCUCGCAGGUGAAGGAGAAGAUCAUAGAGCAAGUAUACAGAAACCAGCCUUACUCCCAGAGGCCCAAGGUUGACAGCGUCACUCUGGAGUGGCGUCCUGGCUCAACGGGACAGAUUUUGUCUGAUCUGGACCUGACCUCGCAGAAAGAAGGAAGAUGGAAGCGCAUAAACACUCUGGCCCACUACAACGUGCGAGAUAAUGCUACACUAGUUUUAUCCCGAGUGCUUCACACGCAGCAGAAUUACGACCAGAACCACGAAAACCACGAAGAACGAAAUGCUCUGUUGGAGGAUGAUAAAGUUUUUCAUCUGGUGAGGCCAGCAGAUGAAAUGGAUGAGAUCAAAUCCAAGCGAGGGAGCAUAAAGGACAAGUCGAUGACCAAAGCCAUUACAGAGAUCUACCUGACUCGACUUUUGUCUGUAAAGGGAACACUGCAGCAGUUUGUGGAUGACUUCUUCCGCAGCGUGCUGUGCUCUGGGGCCGUGGUCCCACCAGCUGUCAAAUACUUUUUUGACUUCCUGGACGAACAAGCACUGAAACACAACAAUGUUGAUGAGGAGACCAUCCACAUCUGGAAGACUAAUAGCCUGCCGCUAAGAUUCUGGGUUAACAUCCUCAAGAAUCCUCAUUUCAUCUUCGAUGUCCAUGUGACUGAAGUGGUGGAUGCUUCGCUGUCCGUCAUCGCCCAGACCUUCAUGGAUGCUUGCACCAAGAGUGAGCACAAACUUAGUCGGGACUCCCCAAGUAACAAGCUACUCUAUGCAAAGGAGAUCUCCAGCUACAAGAAGAUGGUGGAUGACUACUACAAGGGCAUCAGGCAGAUGGUCCCUGUCAGUGAUCAGGACAUGAACACUCAUUUGGCGGAAGUGUCACGGUCUCACACCGACAAACUGAACACCCAAGUGGCUCUCCAUCAGCUUUACCAGUACGCCAGCAAAUACUAUGAUGGGAUCAUCGCAUCCCUGGAUGAGGACCCGGCUGCUCAGAGUAAACAGCUGACCCUGCGGCUGCAGCAGAUUGCAGCUGCCCUGGAAAACAAAGUGACUGAUCUCUAACCCACCAAGGGGAGGGACAUGAGUCAAAACAUAGAGGGAGAUCGCCAGUGACUACAGGGGCUUAUUUCUACUUUUUUUUUCUGAGCAUAAAGUAUGGAAAUUGAAAAUCUAAGAGGGGACUCCCUGUGUGCAUCCCUGGAGCGUCUUUUUUUUGGUUCUGUGGAGUAACUGGGACUAAUUAAUUGCCCACAGAUGGCAAAAAAAACGAAAAGACUGAUGGGAAAAUAGUGGGUUACAUUGUCAUAGGUACGCCUUAAAUCUCACUUGCCAAACCUUAAAGGUCUGAGCCCUUACUCAUGCUCCCCUGAAUAUUGCUCCCAGGAUGCAGAUUGAGAGAAAUCUGAGAAUUAAGCCCUACUGUGGAGCACCGGUACAGCAGAUAAUCAGAUGUUGGAUUUCUCUCUGUGUGGAAAAGGGUUUAAGAGUUGUAUUAUAUAUUUUUUUUAAUGUGCAGUCUUUAUGCAGAAAGCUUUAUAAGAAACAAAAAUAUCUUUUUAAUUGGAAUCACUUUGUGGUGCAGACAGUGUUUUUAUCAGCCUGUGUGUGUAUGUGUAGAUGUCUGUGUGUGCGUGAACAGGAGUGAGUAUGUUGUGAGUGAGCGUGGGGCUUUGCGGGAACAUGAGUGUACACACAGGAUGCCUACUUUACCAGGCGUGAGGGCGAAAUGACGCCUGCUUUCUCUCAUUUGAAACCCCCUGCCACCCAGAACAACGCCGGAGCCUGUGCUCUCACUGAGCUUCACGGCAGAGACCAAAGGGUCCGAUCGGGGACAUCGGCUCGUACGAAUGACAGGUUACCAUAGGUUUCGCAAACAUUUCAGAUAAAUUAUUUGCUUUUUAUACAGAAUCUUUUGCUUUAAGCUGGAUUGCCACUCGUGCUCGUGGAAAUCAGUAACAGCACAGCCUGUGUCCCUUUAUUGUACAGUGCCAUGAAACAUUCCACUGCAACUAAAGCACAGAGGGAUAUUUCUACGUUUUUUUUAAGACAUUUCAGUUAAUGAACUAUUUCUUCUCCUCGUUGUACAAUUUUUUUCUUUAGCUGUCAUGAGAAAGAAGCAGUUUUAUUUAGCCAUGGAGCCAUGCCACUCGUGUUAGCUCUGCAAUAAUGUCAGUAUACCAUGAGCAACAAAACAGUAGAUUCUUGCUUUUUCUUACAAAGAUAUUCACCAUAUCGUAGCAGUUCAGCAAUAUGUUAAAGAACAAUUCAAGAUUAAGUUAUGUAUUUUUUAUAUUUUUUGUCUUUUUUGUGCCACUUUUAUUAUUACCAUUGUAAUGUUACAAAUAAUCAUUGCUAACUUUGCCUCUAAAGCUAUAAAAUAGCCUAAUGCUGAGGAAAUAAUCUGCUAGAGAUGCAGUUGGUUCUGCAAAUUGUUCUUUUACUUUUUUUUUUUUUUUUUUUUUUUUGGGUGCUUGGGUUCAAUUGUGUAUAUAAUUGCUUAUGGUAACUGAAAUAUUGAUAUGUCAGUGUCAGAGCGUGGACAGGGUCACAAUGAAAGUUUAAUAUUUCUUACUCCAUUAAACACCAUCGCUAAAUUGUAGGUCUGGCUGUCGACAGAUCAUUUAAUUGUCCUCCCUCAUAUUUGGUGGUGGACUCAUGGCAAUGAGAUCCAGAAGACCCCAGAAUGUUAACGAUUCCUGCCUUGGCUAAAGUGGCGUUUGCACAGACCUCGAGCCUGCCCACCUGCCAUCUCAGCAUGGCGCUUCGGCUUCCUGACUAACAGCAUUUGGCACUGCCCACUUAGUGCGAUACGGAGUGGCACUCUGUGUAAUGAAAUCAGCAGGGGAGGCUUUUGAUCUUAAUUGCAUGUCGACUGCAGGCUCCAUCCUCAUCUCCGCUGUUGUUUACUGGUGACUCCUUUCUCACUGACAGUCGAUGCAAGAAGCUUCUUCUUUCAGAGCCUUUCUUUGACCAAAAAUGUGCCUUGUUGAAUAGGAUGAUACAUAUAUAUUGUUUCUAAAUUAUUCUGUUGGUAACAUAGGUGAAUAUGAUGAUAGUACUAUAGACACAGCAAUGUACUUGGACUUGUGAUCUUAUGUGUGCUGUCUAAAUGCUAGAUGCGCUGCUGCAGCCAUUUGCGUGCCAUUAGGCUGAAGACAUUUCAGUAUGAUUUAUUUUCCGGCUCCAGUUUUGAUGUGUGCAUUUCCUUUGGGUGUCUUUGGUGUGUGCUUACUAGAACUUUGGUGGCUAAAACAAAAAAAGUCAAAGAUUAAAUGUUGCUGAAUGACCACUUGGAUCUUGGUUUCCCUUAAAAAUGUCUUACAUUCCAAAAUUAGACAAAAGGGUAUCCGUUUGUACAAUUGAUUAUAGUGCAAAAUUGUUCCAAUGGUGUUAAUUCUUCUGACCUGUGUUUCUAAUCUAUCCUACAGUGUGUACGAUAAAUGACUAUCUAUACUCGACAAAUUAUUUUUCUUACUGCUGUGCAGUUAUUUUAUUUUUUGUUUCCUGUACCAUAUAAAUCUUUGUCAAACAAGUUGAAAUACUGUAUUCUAUCUGUAUACCCCUAUGCAUUGGUUCCUAAGACAAACUACAAAAGAUAGAAAAAAACUGUUUGUGCUGUUGUCGAGACCUGUUUUUUUUUUUUUUUUCUUCUUUUUCUCCCCCGGUUUUGAAACUUGUGAAUGUGCUGUAAUGAUAAAAUAAACUGGGACACUCCACUUUCGGUACAGGACCAGUAAUGUAAGCCAAUGUUUUCCUCCCCAUUUGAGGCAGCUUCGAAUACUCUUGAUCUUGUACCUGAUCCGGUUGUGCUGGAUGAACGUAAUUUUAAAAGUCGUAUGUGUGGACGGAGCAGUUACCCACAGGUUUCAUCAUGCACUCCUCCGUGAAUAAACUCAGAGACAUAUAUACCCUUCA